AAAAUGAAUUUUACUAUAUGUUAUGAAAUAAUUGGAUUGUAUCGAAAUUUUGUUCCUAUAGCUUAACUUAUUUUAGUGCACCUGAAAUAUUAGUUCAAAUUAAUGUAAAUAUGGCAAAUUUUGAAGAGGAAGGAAAUGAUAAAGAAUUAAAUGAAAAUAUUAUUAGUACAGGAGGAGAAAAUCUUCAGGAUUUUCAAGAAGAAGCUGAAAAUAAUGCUCGUAUCGACGAAGAGCAAAAGGAAAAAUUAGUAAAAUUACCAUUAGGUAGAAUAAAAACAAUUAUAAAGAUGGAUCCUGAAGUGAAUAUGGUUAACCAAGAAGCUGUUUUCUUAAUUACAAAAUCUACGGAACUUUUUAUUGAUUCUCUUACUAAAGAAUCAUACAAAUAUACAGCACGAAUGAAAAAAAAAACUUUACAAAAAAGAGAUGUAGAAAGUGCAAUUGAUAAUGUUGAUGCGCUCGUAUUUUUAGAAGGAAUGCUAAAUUAAAAUUUAAUGGAAGAGGAAAAUAUGUAGCUUUUAUUUUUUAUGUAAUAUAGUAAUAGCAUUAUUUUUGUACGUUACCAAUAAAAUUGCAUUAUUAUAUUGAACAGAA